AUUUAAAACCUUACAGGAGGGAGGAUUGUUGAUUAAUAAAGCAGAUUGAGUGAUUUUGCGCUGAGUGCCUCCUAUAGGCUGGUCUCUGCUGUUCUGCCGAGGAUCUUUCUCCGCUACUCGACUUUCUGGAUCAUUUUAUUGGAAGAUGGAGUUUGGGGAAAGGAAGAGGAGAAGAAAGUCUCAGAGCUUCAAACUGGUGACGGAUGAAGAUUUGGACUCUUCAUACGUGAUUAAUUCCAGCUCCAGAGAUGUGAAUGGCCAAAUUUGGAUGGGGGACGAGAGCAUGGGAAUCAAGAAACAGAUCACUGGAAUGAUGAGGCUCCUUGGUGAUAAGACUGGAAGCUUCCCUCUGCGCUCAGAGGCAGAACAUAACGGCUCAACAAAAGAUGGCAAAGUGACCUGUAGACACACACCUUCAAUUUUAUCGUUUGUGUCGGAUGGUAGACAGAGCCAAAGCUGGAACUCAGUAGGGGGCACAGAGCCUCCACCAUCAUCCACAUCAACCUCACUAGCAAAUGGUCCAGGCUGUGGCCAACAGAGUACCUGCUCCAGAGGGCUCACAAAUGAAAACACAGCAAAGGAUUUAAUAAAACCUGUUGCAACAAAAGCAGAUGGGCUUCAUCCUGCUGUACCAGAGAUCCCCUGCUGCAUGUGUAACUGUAAGGGCACCUUACAGGCAAUACUGCAUGAGUUGCGAGCAAUGAGGAGGAUAAUGCAGAAAGGAACUUCUGCAAGACGGGAGCAAGCUAAAUCAUUUCAAUCUUACAUCAGCCUGGGUUCAGCUUCAUGCCGCAAAGCCCAGAAGAGAAAGGUGGCUCCACUAAGUGUCUGCAGCACUAGAAGAAAGGCUCUUUCUUGUCUGGGGGCUUCUCACCAGAAAGACAAAUCUACAAAAGCUGCAAAGAAAGAAGAAUAUGAGAAACUAGAGUCAUAUUAUGAUGUUUUCAUCCCAAAGGCCCAGCUAGACUCCAUUUUGAUUAACUAUACACGCUCUGGCAGCCUGCUGUUUCGCAAACUGGUAUGUGCCUUUUUUGACGAUGCUACUUUGGCAAACUCUCUGCCAAAUGGCAAAAGGAAGCGAGGGCUCAACGACAACAGAAAGGGUUUGGAUCAGAACAUUGUUGGUGCUAUUAAAGUGUUUACAGAGAAGUACUGCACUGAACACAGAAUAGAGAAGCUGCCUGGACCUCGAGACUGGGUGCAGAUUCUUCAAGAUCAGAUCAAACUUGCUAGAAGAAGGCUGAAAAGAGGUUUUCUGCUAUUUGUCAUUAAUGCUACUAGUUUUACUUCGUAUAUAUUGUCAACCAAAUCUUCCAUUUGUCUCAUCAGACUACAGUUACUUUAAGAUAUUUUAAUGUCUUUGUUUAUUUUUGGUUAGUGCCUGUUAUUGAUGUCAUUUUUAAUACGGAGUUAUGAACACUAAUCCGAA